CAAACAAGAAAUCUUGCAUGCGUUUGUUAGAGUCUUCAAGAAAAUUAACGAAUCUACUUUUAUGCAUGUUGGAGUGAGAAAAAAAGCUCUGAGAUUAUAUGAGAGCGCGAAUGAAACAUUUCAGAGAAGAGAAAUUUUAGAUUUUUUCGAAGAUAUUGACCAUGAAUUUGAUGUGAAACAAAACAACCGGGAAUUGCAUAAAAACGUAGAAACUGCAAAAGUUUUAAUUGCUAAGAAAGCAACAACUCGAAUAGAAGAGGCACUGGAAAUUCAACAAAUUAAUAAAAAGAGGAAGAUGGAAGAGAAUAUUGAUGUGGUUCACACAUCAGGAAGGAAUGAUAAUAUACAUGAAGUUACAGCUGUAUUUAAUGAGAGUAAUGAUGAACAAAGUGUAAAAGAUUAUUAUAAAACACCGGGUCCUGCAAAUGAAAGAGGGAUGACAAAUCCUUUUUUUUCAGAUGAUGAACAAUUGAUGAUCCAGCAUUAUAAAGAAGCGAAGAAAUCGAAAUUACCAUUCUGGAAUAAGAGGAAUAUAUUGCCUGAUGAAGAAUUAAUUAUCUCUCCCUCUGGCAGUUUAAAGACUUGGAUCUUGCCUUCAGGUCAGAAUGUUGGGAACAUAUAUGCUAAUAAGAUUUCUGAAAAUGCAAAAGUGAGCAAAAAAAAGAAGAAGCUAACAGCCGUUGAAAGAUCUAUAUUUCGCUAUGUGGAGUUUUCUGUAAGAGCUGUAGCAACUAAGACUAUCGGCGAUAGAUGCCGUUCUGCCCGAAUAAAUCAAUCCAUUUUAAAUGGAUUGCUAGAAUACAAUCUCAAUGAUGAACAAGCUAAGGACAUCCACGUGCCUUUUUUGCAAUUUGGUGGCACAAGCGGACAAUUGUUGAUUGAAGAUAUAGUGGAAGGCUUUUACAUUGUCUUUCCUGGACCCAAAUUUGAGUUACCUACGAAACUUCGAGAUAUUAAAAAAUUAAAGACUUCUAUCAAUGUCAUCAAGAUGGUUAUCGAUAUGUAUAAAAAAAUAUUUGAAACUAUUGAAAAUCUCGAAACAACCCGUCAUGAAUUUGAUGAUAUUUUUAGUGAGGAUGGUAUAGUUGAUACUACAAAACCCACUCAUUAUAAAUACAAAUAUAUACACAAACCAUGGUGGACCCCGAAAA